AUGAAUAAAGAUCUUAUAUAUAAUCAUUCACUUUUUCCAUUAUUAACAAUAAUUUAUAAUAAAUGUGAAUUAGCAACAAAUUCUUCUUAUCCAUUUAAAUCAUUAGAUGAAGAUAUUAUUGAAUUUACAAAACAGUUAAAUAAGGGAGAAUUAGGAUAUUAUGUAUCAAAUGUUGAACUAGAUAAUUUCAUGAUACAAGCAAUACAAAUAUUACGUUUUCAUCUAUUAGAAAUUGAAAAAGUCCAUGAAUUAUGCGAUAAUUUUUGUGAAAAAUAUAUUCGUUUAUUAAAAGGAAAAAUGCCAUUAGAUAUUAUUGCAGAUGAUUAUAAAUCUGAAGAAGAUAGUAUAAUCAGUAAUGAAGAUAUUAAACCAAUACAUUCAACAGAAUCUAUUCUACCUAUAUCAGAUGAUAUAAGUGAAAAUUUUCAAAAAGAUACAUUUGAAGAAAAUAAAGAUGAUGAUAUAAUAUCUUCACCACGUCGUCAAAAGAAACGAGGAAUAUUUCCUAAAUCAGCAACAUCAUUAAUGCGUGCUUGGUUAUUUCAAAAUCUAAGUCAUCCAUAUCCAUCUGAAGAACAAAAAAAAAUUUUAGCUAAAGAAACGAAUCUUAAUGUAUUACAAGUUAAUAAUUGGUUCAUAAAUGCAAGAAGACGUAUUGUACAGCCCAUGAUUGAUCAAUCCAAUCGUACUGCAACAAUGGGAGCGGAUUAUAGUAAUAUUAUGAUGAAUAAUCCUUAUCAUACAUUUGAUCUUAAUCGAACAUCAUAUGGAUUACAAUUAAAUUUGAACGACGAAAUGACAACAACAUCAGGUUAUUGUCCGACACCAACAAUAACUUACCCAUCGAUGCACUCAAAUUCGUUUUUUACGGCUGCAGCUGUAGCCGCUGCUGCUGCUGCUACUACUGGUCCUAGUAGUACAUUUUUAUCAACACAAUAUGGAAUAUCACCAUUGUCUUAUUAUAGGCAAGGAAGUGAAAAUUAA